AUGCCUCGCCCAGCUGGAAUCCUCGACAACGCCCUCGCCGCUGUCGGCAACACCCCGCUCAUUCGCUUGUCGAAAAUUGCAGAGCAAGAGGGUCUAAAGUGUAACCUGCUUGGCAAGCUUGAAUACACUUCCGCUGGCGGGUCCGUCAAGGACCGUAUCGCCAAAGCGAUGGUAGAAGCCGCAGAGAGAGAGGGCAAGCUGAUUCCGGGCAAGAGUGUCGUCAUUGAGCCCACUUCUGGCAAUACUGGUAUCGGACUUGCUAUGGCAUGCGCCAUCAAGGGAUACUCAGUGAUCAUCACCAUGCCCAACAAGAUGUCGCUGGAGAAAGAAGCCACCCUCCGCGCACUUGGCGCAGAAGUCGUGCGCACGCCUACCGAGGCCGCAUGGGACUCGCCCGAGAGCCACAUAGGUGUCGCUAAGAAGCUCGAGAAGCAGAUCCCGUAUGGGAUCAUUUUGGACCAGUAUCGCAAUGAGAACAACCCGCUUGCGCACGAGCUCACGACGGGCCCGGAGAUUAUCGCAGACGUCACUGCAACGCCCUCCACACCCGAACGUCCCUCCUCCGGCCAAGUCGACGUCGUAGUCGCCGGUGCCGGGACGGGCGGCACAGUCACGGGUAUCGCCCGCGCAAUCAAGAAGACACACAACAAAUCCGCAACCAUCGUCGCGUGUGAUCCUCAAGGCAGUAUCCUCGCGCUCCCGGCCGAACUCAACAAGACCCCAACGAAUGUCCCCUACAUCGUCGAGGGCAUCGGGUACGACUUCGUGCCCGACGUGCUCUCGCGCGAGCCGGGGCUGAUCGACACGUGGGUGAAAACGAGCGACGAGGAGUCGUUCGCGAUGGUCAAGCGCCUCAUGCGCAGCGAGGGCCUGCUCGUGGGCGGUUCGAGCGGGAGCGCGCUCGCGGGCGCAGUGAAGUGGCUCAAGGGCACCGAGGAGGGGUGCCGGUGGGCUGAGAAGGAGGGUGCGAACGUGGUAGUGCUGUUGCCUGACGGGAUUCGGAAUUAUAUGAGCAAACCGUGGUUCCUCGAGAUGACGAUGAGCCCGGAGCCGACGCCCUUGGCUCAGAAGAUCGCGAGCGUGCUCGGUACGCCUGCGAAGACGAACGGGCAUGCGAACGGGACGGUGCAGGAGACCGUCGAGGAGACUGGCGCCAGUGUGCGCCCGCCUGUGAACGGGGUGAAGAAGGUGGUGGAGGGUGUGAAGGAAGAAGGCAUGGGUGAGGGAAUGCAGUGA